UGUCUUCAUCUUUGUUUGCGCACGCAUCUCGUAGAGAGGUGGCUAGAGACGAAAGAGCUGCUCCUCAGGUGCCGUCGAAGUGCAGAGGGCAACCGGCAUAUGACCGGCACGAGUGCUUCAGCAUCGGGUGCGCGUCAAUUGGGUCUGAUUCUUCCAUUGUGUUAAACUGUGUUGGCCGUACAAUUAGGCAUCACGAACGAUUUAACGAAUGCAAGGCGCACAUUAGUGACCUUGGUCAAAGCGGCGCAGGCGAAAAUGUUUAGAACCGAUGAAAUGCGAUGCAAUGCAGGACAUGCAAUAGCGACCCAACCAGUAGUUUCAUAGUUCUCGUAGUAUUAAUAGCGUGAGAAAGCUUAUUAUUAGCAUAUUUCUCAAGAGUAGUAUCGGUUGCGUAUAGCAUUCGUGCAAACGGUUUUUACCUCGGUGGGCGCCAGGUGCAGCUGCCUACUGCUUUGACGAGCAGGUGGGUAAGUUGAUGACGACGGCGGAGAAUCAGCAGCGGCAAGAAUAAAUUGAACAAGGGUAGAAUAGAGACCGUGUACCGGGCAGUGGGUGCAGAUUAUUUUGUAGUUGCCGAACUUACAUGAACUUCAUCGUUCUUUGUUUCUGUCUUGAACGACUGAGUGAAAUAGACCGAGGACUUGCAUUGAGCUGCAUACAGUUCAGAGAGACGCGUUGUAGGAUCGUAUUAGUGUCGUAGAUUUUGCCGUGUUGGAACGCCCAAGAGAAAAACUGGCUUCUGCACGCACACCGAUCGACAAGAUCGACUUGCUCGUCACAUACUCGCCGUAAGUCGAUCGAUUUUCAGAAAAAUGAACGGUAUUCAGUUAAAGCCGCAGGCAGCACGCUAUAAACGAGCGUCUUUCGACGAAGAUGAGGUGUCAGCCGGGGGAGGCAGCGUCCCAUCGGGAGUUGGAUCAGCUGUUGGAGUAGGAGGUUUGGGUGGUGGAAUAUCGCCAGCCCUCGAUGGUAGUAGUACAGUGCUUAACGUUGGACACGAUCCCUCGAGACCAUCGAUCUCCCUGUCUGGACUCCACUUUCGGAGAAGACAUGGCUUGUGCGGCCAUCAGUGUACAACGUAUGAAUGCUGCCUGACCAUAUUGUUGAUGUUUUCAUCGGCCGCAUUGCUAGCAGUCUUUCUUUUCGGACCGAACGGAUUCACCCGAGGGACACACAUGACCAUUUCGACCCACGCAGUUCCGGGCGUCUGCCUUGCCCCUGAAUGUAUAACGGUCGCAAGUGCCAUUCUUUCAGCUAUGAACCACAAGGUAGACCCCUGCGACGAUUUCUACGAGUUUGCUUGCGGGGGUUGGGUGAAGCAAAACCCUUUGCCUGAUGGAAAAUCAAUAUGGAGCACAUUUGGAAAAUUGUGGCAAGAGAAUCAGCUAGUGAUGAAGAAUAUCCUUGAUGACGAUACCCGGCCUACGAACUCCGUGGCAGAGCGACUGGCUAAAACGUAUUAUCUGUCAUGUUUGGAUCAAAACAGCACUAUCGAAGCUUUGGGUUCUACGCCUAUCGAUGAACUGUUGUCGCAACUCGGUGGUUGGAACAUUUCAUCAUCGGGUUUUAACGUAACGUCAUGGAAGCUCCAGUCUGCUAUAGAGCUCGCUCAGAACACUUACUCCCGUAGCGUUUUUUUUGCCUGGAUGGUUGCGCCCGAUGAAAGGAACUCAUCACGACACAUUAUUACGUUGGACCAAGGAGGAUUAACGUUACCUUCCCGAGAUUACUACUUAAAUAAAACCGAUCGAGAAAAAACUGUUACGGCCUUAAAGCAGUAUAUAACACAGGUUGGAGUCCUUAUGGGCAGUAACGAAGAAGAAGCGAAGACACAAGCUGAAUCUAUCGUGAAUCUUGAGCUGCGCAUGGCCGAAGUGACUAUGCCCGAGGACGAACGUCGGGAUGAAAAGGCAUUAUACAACAAAAUGCGCAUAAUGGAUCUUCAAAGACUUGCCUCAUUCAUCGAUUGGGUUUCGUUCUUCAGGAGCGGCUUUUCUCUGGUGAACAUCUCGGUAACCGGCCGUACCGAGGUGGUCGUUCUUGUACCGUCCUAUUUUCGACAACUCUCUGUUAUCAUAAAGGACAUCUUGGCAAAACCAACUGGAAAAAUAACGCUGGCCAAUUAUAUCGGCUGGCAGACUGUGAAUUCUCUCGUGGGUGCGCUGGCGCCCUCGUUUCGAGAGGCACAAAGAGUCUUGCAACGCGCUCUUAUGGGCGCAGAUGGGGCGGAAGCAACGUGGCGUCAGUGCAUCAGUGACACAAAUAACGUACUUGGCCUCGCUCUCAGCUCGAUGUUUGUGAGAGAGGUUUUUGAUGAACAGUCUAAGCCAGUGGCGGAGCAAAUGGUUCGAGAGGUGAAAAAUGCAUUCAAGGAGAACCUUCCGUAUCUUAACUGGAUGGACGACGAGACAAGGGAGCUCGCUAAAGACAAGGCGGAUCACGUCACCGAUAUGAUUGGGUUCCCUUCAUUUAUCUCGGACCGUGAUAAGCUGGACGCCAAAUUCGAGGGACUGGAAAUGAGAGAAGCCGAGUACUUCGAUAAUAACUUACGAAUAUCGCAAUGGAUGCUGCUUAAGAACAUGCGAAGACUGCAAAGGCCCUCUCAACGUGGGGAAUGGGACAUGAGCCCUAUUCAGGUAAAUGCGUAUUAUACGCCGUCGAAGAACCAAAUUGUGUUUCCGGCAGGAAUACUACAGGCUCCUUUCUAUGACAAGAACUAUCCAAGUAGAUCACUCAAUUUUGGAGCAAUGGGAGUGGUUAUGGGACAUGAGCUGACGCACGCCUUCGACGAUCAAGGCCGUGAAUAUGAUAAAGAAGGGAACUUAAAGCAGUGGUGGAACAACCGUACUAUCGAAGCCUUUCAACAGCGGGCUAAGUGUUUCAUUGACCAGUACUCGUCGUACAAGCUCAACAAUGAUUCGAUAAAUGGAAAGAGUACUCUCGGCGAAAACAUGGCCGACAAUGGUGGGCUCAAAGCAGCUUUUCAUGCGUACCGAGGUUGGCUUCAGUCAAACACCGAGUUUGCUCCGCUGCCUGGAGUGAAUCUUACGCACGAACAAUUAUUCUACGUUGGUUUCGCACAGGUAUGGUGUUCGACGGAAACGCCUGAGGCGACACAUAUGCAGGUUCUCGUCGAUGCUCACUCUCCGGCUAAGUACCGAGUAAUUGGGACCCUCUCGAACUCUGUCGAGUUUUCGAAGACAUACAAAUGCAAACCCACGAGCCCUAUGAACCCGCCCAGAAAAUGCGAAGUUUGGUAAAGAGCUCAUCGCUACUUAAAUCCAGGUACCCAUAAUAUGUUGUCAUCACUGACAUGCUCUAAAAAUUCAUAUAAGCAGAGCGCAUAAAUGCCUUGCGUAAAUAUUCUUCAAUUUCUUGCUGCAGCACCAGUUGAGAAUAUUUAAUAGUGUAUUAUCUAUUUUGUCACUGAACGUUGAAGUUAUGUUUUGGCCUCCGUUAUCAUCUAAAGGAUACUGACGCAGUGCUACAACUUGUCUUAUGACAGCGAACAACGCCGGAAAAGUGUGGCUUCUUCAUUACUGCAGGCCGGCUUGAUCUGGCCGAUUUCCUUACUCGUCAACAGCAGACGUAUGUUUCCUGUGAUCAGUGUUGUAAGUGCUUUCCUCACCUAUAGCUAAAUAUAUUAUUCGUAAAUCCAUAAUAUAUAUAUUCUUAUCAUAUGAUACAGAGAUCUGUCUUUCCUGAGAAAAACCUAAAACCAUUUUUACAAUAAUGUAUUCUUUCAAAUCCUCUUGACGCCUUCGACACUCUGACCGACAAAUUGUAUCGGAAAAAUGUGCCACAUCAGUGUUUCAACAGUUGGCUAAAAAGACAUCAAACGUGGACAUGUUUAGGGAUUUCCGUAUGAAGGUGCUUAAAUCAAUUAAUUUCGAGACAAGGACUACAAGCGAAACUUGUCAAAUUUAUUCGAAUAACUAAACUCAAUAGCGCUAUUAGUUCGGGCACAAAGAUCAUGGACUACCCCUAUUAUCUAAAAGAGCGGGCAGCCAAAAGAUUCUUACUUUCUUUUUGAAAACUACAGUUACGAUUAAAUGUUGAAGCUAAAUCUAUUUCUGGGAAAGUAAUCUUUGGGACACGUUGUGGUCUAGAUUCGAACCCGGGCAUAGACACACGGUUCGUUUCGUGCUGGGAGCCAGUUAUGGGAAUGCCUGAAGGCGAUGCCGGACGUGAGCGGUGGACACUUUAUGGUGCACAGGUCACCUUUGCCGUUGACAAGCGCUAAAGGUAAAAGUUUAUCUAACAACUCGAGUCCUUGUUGCUAAGGGUCAUCAUAAAAACGAGUGUCUCGACAGCAAGAAAAAAACUAAAUGUGUGUCAAUUUCACUAGUGAUCGACAGAGAGUAGAUGACGAUGAACUUUUAUUAGAGAUAAGAGAUACUGAGAUUUGUAAAAAUGACAUGAGCAGUAGGUAUACAAGUUAGGUACAGGUUCGGUCAGCUAUAUCGUAGUACUUUAGUGCCGUUUAUGUGGAAAAGCAGAUGCCAACACUCAAUUCGUUUGAUUUCAAGUAUCAAAUGUUUAAUGUUAAAGAAUCAUAUGUUUCUUCGUACUAUUAACUAGUGCACUAGUAUUUGAUUUACUGUACCUCUAUCUAAUAAUAUACCGAUUGUAACUUUUCAUCAUCACUGAACAUAUGCGUCGUCCCAGAAUUCAACUCGAAACGAAACGAAUUAAGCCCUAUCCAGACCUGGGAUUACAACAAAAAAAAAGAAACAUAGUAAUAAUCAUAUAUAAAGUGAUGAUUACUAGUACCCAUAUGUGUUGAGACUAGUAUAGGUCUACAUGGCAAAUGACUGUGAACUGAGAUAUAAUUGUCCUAUACAUAUUAUUAUUAAUAAUACUAUUGUUAUUAUACGGGACAAUUGAUCAGAGGGAUAAUAACGGUGUUAACGGUUAGUUGAUCGCUAACCGUAAGUGUGUUUGUUUGUUUGUCUGUCUGUCUGUCUGUCUGUCUGUCACGUUCGGAUGAAUGGCUCAGCCGAAAGUAGCCAUUGAACCAUAUAUAAAAAUCACUGAAACGGCAGUUGUUGUUCACAGAAGCACUUCGAAUCGUUCCUAGUUACCCGUGCCUUUAAAAGGCAACGCUGUAUAUAAUUUGCUGACCUAUUGUCGCUAAGCGUAAGUUUAGACCUGUGUUUCUACUUUAUAGAAAUACGUAUUAUAGGAAUAUGAUACUAUUUUGAGUUUCAAUUAGAGACUGCAACUAGCUGGACGCGUAGUCGUACCCGCUACGAACACGCGGUCUUGCACGAAAUGGAAAUUUGUUAGAUGUCUAAUAUAAAAAGCCGAAACAGUUCCCGCUUCUCUAAGUCAUCUACGGCUGAUUUUCGGACAGUAACUUCUAUAUGGGGCACGAAUGCAAACGAUAAUCAUUUUCAUGUGAUCAAAAUGAUCAGCGGAAGAGGGAACGCAUUUUUCCUUUUGCUACCUAAUGUACACAACGUUUAUUUAGAUGGUAUAACCAAUGGAGCACUGCAGGAUGUGUGUUUAUGUGUGAGUCUGCAUGUUUGUGUGGGCGCGUGCUCCGCGAUUUUGUUCAUUAUACAGGUAGCUAUACUUGUAGCUACUGUUGUACAGCCUGCGUUUGUUACUAUGUACAUAGGUACAUACUGUAUGAGUACUUAUAGCCGACUACAGGCGGCGUGAGUUAACGUGAAAUCGGAAUAACAUCGAAAUGUUGCGCAUAAACGUCUGGGUUUAGCCUUCUUUCAUAUCUUAUCCCCGUAGCUAGCCAGUUUUUCUACUGUAAUAUUGUCUUAUAGUAGAUAACUUUUGUAUAGCAACAAGAUUUAAUCACAUCUAAGAUAAUAGAGGCUAAUUAGCGCGGGGGGGAGGGCAACCCAACGUGAGGAUUGGUAAGGUCCGGCGGAUUAUUUCCACAAUCAGGCAACAGCUUGUCCAUUGACAUAACGAGAGAUAAAUGAACAUGCUUUAGUGAACUUAAAACCGAAAUAAUUGGCACGGUAAAGUAGUCUAAUUAUUAUUCUGUGCAUUGGCGUUUCAAAUAAAAAAUCGACGCUUAAAUUGAAGUAACAACAACUUUGCCACAAACAACCGUGAAUUUACCGGAUGCCCAGCUGAAAAAUGCGAUGCUUAAAACAUUUUGUAUAACAACUGUUGUACGCAAGAAGUUAAUGCUGUGUACGAUAUCGGUAGAGGAAAUCAAGUUCCUAUUUCCUGCUUGCAACUAAUGAGUCUUUGACAACCUCAAGGGUCUAGAUAUGCACGUCACGCUGUGAAUCCACUUAAUAAUGGGCCUUAAUGUUGCAUGAAGGCAUUAAAGCGUUUUAUGCAGUAUUCAUACCGAUAAACAAUAACUAUGUUAUCGAAGACUGUUAACACACAAAUAUACACAAAAAAAAUAUUAAUAACGUUACAAAAUCUUCACACUACAUACAGUAUAUGUGAGAAAUGUUGUAUUUACUCUUAAAUAGUUUUGGCAUUAUUCAAUACAUAAUGUUAUUAUAUAUUGAUAAAUACAUAUGUAAAAACAGUCUUACUAACAGCCGCUAUGACGACGAUGAUAACUAUUGGAUUAUUUAGUUAUUAUGGCAAAUAUUAUUAUGAAACAGAUGACCAUUGAUGACCAUGAUGAUUUGUAAAUUCCAAAAAUGCGACUUUUUAGCAAGAUCUUUUAAUCUUAUAUUGUCUUGACUUGUCUGAGACUGUGAUGUAUCAACAACAGCAGAAUAAAAUAAAGCAACUCUAACGUUGG